AUGAGAGCUCCGCUGCUGCCGCGGGCGCUCCCGGUGCUGUCGCUGCUGCUGCUGAUCUUCAGCUCAGGUCGUUAUGUGGCUGGGUUGGACCUCAAUGACACCACCUCUGGGAAAAAUGAACCAUUUUCUGGGGACCACAAUGCUAGUGGACUUGCGGUCUCUGCGGGAAGUGAGGUCUCUACCAUAAGUGAAAUGCCCUCUGGCAGUGAACUCUCCACGGGGGACUAUGACUACUCAGAGGAGUACGAUAAUGAGCCACAAAUAUCCGGCUAUGUUAUAGAUGAUUCAGUCAGAGUGGAACAGGUCAUUAAGCCCAAGAAAAACAGGACGGAGGAGGACAGGACUUCAGACAAACCCAAAAGAAAGAAAAAAGGAGGCAAAAGUGCAAAAGGCAGAAGACACAAAAAGAAGAAAAAGAGCCCAUGUGACACCGAGUUCCAGAAUUUUUGCAUUCAUGGUGAAUGCAAAUACAUCGAGAACCUGGAGGUAGUGACGUGCAAAUGUCAUCAAGACUACUUUGGUGAACGGUGUGGAGAAAAAUCCAUGAAGAUUCACAGUGGGGAUGACAGUGACCUGUCCAAGAUCGCAUUAGUAGCCAUAACUGUCUUUGUCUCUGCUGUAAGCCUCACAGCUAUUGGCAUUAUUGUCACAGUCCUGCUUCGCAAACGCUACUUCAAGGAAUGUGAAGGAGAAGUAGAAGAACGCAAGAAGCUUCGACAAGAAACUGGAAACGUGCACGUCAUAGCCUAGCUGAAGACAGUUCAGGGUAACAGUGGAGUCACUGCCAAGUCACAAGCAAACACGACACAUGGGUCCUCC